CAUGGCAGAAAAACAAGAUAAUUAUUUUGACAGUUCAACAAAAUUUUGUUUAUAACGGAAUUCAGCAGAAAGUUGUUGGUGAUAUCAUUAAGAUAUCAACCUCAGUAUAUAUAGAUCAUGUCUUCCAACACUUUACUAAUUCUGCUCAUUACAACCUUUGUAGUUUUAAUGUUUUUAACCGACUCAGGUCAAGCAAUGGAUUCUGCUACAAAACAAACAUUGAAGAACAAAGUGGUGGAGAUGUUUAAACAUGCAUUUGGUGCUUAUAUGAACCAUGCCUUCCCUGCUGAUGAGCUGAUGCCGUUAAGCUGUAAAGGUCGAUAUCGUGGUUCCGAGCCAAGCAGAGGGGACAUAGAUGAUUCUCUGGGAAACUUUUCUCUGACACUGAUUGACAGCCUUGAUACAAUUGCAAUAAUGGGUGAUGUGCCGGAGUUUGACAAAGCCGUUAAGCUGGUGGUGAAUAGUGCCAGGUUCGACACCGAUGUUGUUGUUUCAGUAUUUGAAACAAACAUCAGGGUUCUCGGAGGACUGCUUGGCGGCCAUGUUCUAGCUACUUACUUUAGGAAGCGCAAACUCGGUAUGGAUUGGUACAGAGAUGAGCUGUUAAAUAUGGCGAAAGACAUCGGCACAAGAUUGCUACCCGCGUUUAAUACAAGCACUGGAAUCCCUUACCCUAGAAUAAAUCUUAAGUAUGGUAUAGGGAAGGAUAUAGCUCAGAACUGCAAAGAUACGUGCACCGCCUGUGCAGGAACCAUGAUCCUAGAAUUUGCCGCACUUAGCAGGUUAACGGGUGAUCCUGUGUUUGAAGAUAAAGCCCACAAGGCAAUGGACUACCUCUGGAACCAGCGGCACAGAAGCAGUGAUCUCGUAGGAACUGUGAUCAAUAUACAUAAUGGAGACUGGAUUAGAAGAGAAAGUGGAGUUGGAGCAGGGAUAGACUCAUAUUACGAGUAUGUUUUGAAGGCCUACAUCCUGCUGGGGGAUGACACCUAUCUCACAAGAUUUAACAAGCACUAUGAUGCAGUCAAGAAGUACAUCAGCCAGGGUCCCCGAUUUAUUGAUGUUCACAUGCACAGGCCUAUGUCAGCCUCUCGAAACUUCAUGGACGCGCUACUGGCUUUCUGGCCGGGUCUACAGGUAUUAAAAGGUGACAUUCAGCCUGCAAUCGAGGUCCAUGAAAUGCUGUACCAAGUCAUUCAGCGUCACAACUUCCUUCCUGAAGCGUUCACAUCAGAUUUCCAUAUCCAUUGGGGUCACCACCCUCUAAGACCAGAAUUUGUUGAGUCAACAUACUUCUUAUAUAAGGCUACAGGGGACUCCCAUUACCUAGAUGUUGGACAGAAAGUCAUCGAGAAUCUGGACGAGCUUGCCAGAGUGCCCUGUGGAUUUGCAGCCAUCAAAGAUGUCACGAAAGGGACUCAUGAGGACCAAAUGGACUCCUUUGUGUUAGCUGAGACGUUUAAAUACCUGUAUCUGUUGUACGCAGAGAAAAGUGAGCUCAUUAUUGACGUAGAUGACUACAUAUUCACCACAGAGGCCCAUCUACUGCCACUGUCCCUGUCUAGAUGUAAUAGCUCAAAGCCAGCAGAGUUGAGACUGAGCCGUGAGUUGUACAGCAAUCUGCAGAGACUAGAUGAUGAAGCCAGGGAGGAAGAUGAAUUUGGAGACAGCAACCACAACACAUGCCCCAACCCUCAAAUACGCUACACACUUGACUAUGCCCACAACCUGCGUGCGGGGUUAAAAGAUUUGGUCGAUAAAAGCUCUACAGUAAGCAGUCCACAGCAGUGUUCCAAUGUCCCUUUAAAGGCAAUGUCCCGGUUCAGAGCUACUGACUUUGUGGCUGGGAACCAGGACCAGCUGGAACAAUUACAGGACAUGGGUAUAAAGCUGCUGACAAUGGCUGACGGCCGUAUUCAACUAUUACACACAGCAUCUGAUGCGCUGUCACCUGCCCAUGCUGAGCAAGGGCUUUUGUUCAUGCAGGAGAUGAUCGAAUUGGCCAAAAAUCAGCCAAAAGAAAGUAAGGGUGUACAGAGUGAGCCCAUGUUUAUCAAGAUCAUGAGCUCGCCCCAUGACAACAUGGUGUACCGGGCAGGACCCGCCCAGUUUGGGUAUGAUCUCAACACGAGGCCAGGCGUACGGGGAAAACUUGCGGUUGGCAAACCAAUCAAGAUGUGUAGCAGUUCAAUUGAUAAUACAGCAGAGCUGAAGGGCAAAAUCGUCAUCAUCGAGCGAGGAAAUUGCAUGUUUAUUGAUAAAGCAAGGCAGUUACAGAGUGCUGGGGCCUUAGGAGGGAUAGUCAUGGAUCAAACAGAGGGCACUUCUGUCAACAGUCAGCCCCUGUUCGCGAUGUCUGGGGAUGGGAAAGAUGACGUCUACAUUCCGGUUGUCUUCGUGUAUAACAAUGAGGGACAACACUUACUCCGCAUAUUACAAUCUGACCCUGAUGUGGAAAUUAUAAUGGCUGCAAAACUUGAAGCUGCUGGCCCAGAAAUACCAGAUUUGCCUGCCAAAUUUCCACCAAAAACAGCCGACCAAUUCACCAUCAAUAUGAAGGCACAUGAUCAGAAAUCCAGCCAAUCAGAUGAAAAAGAAACUCCAACAUCCAAAACAUUCCAUUCUCAAAUGAAUCUAGGACCAUUGAAAGAAUACAACAUUGGUGUUGAUAGUUUGAAGAUGGCAGUAAGAAUUGAUGCAGAUGAAAGUGUGAAGGAAACAGAUGAUUCGGAUGAUGUUAUUAAAAUCGAAACAAAUGAGGAAGGAGUAAAUGAAAUAUAUUUUAGAUUUGAUAAACUUAGAGCCGGUACUGAUGGUAGUCCAAUUCUUGAAGACAUCUAUGAAGAGUUAAGGACUACACUCUUUAAGAAGACGAAUUUUAGACUGCUGGAGAAUCAGAGUGCUUAUUUAAAUGCAAUUGUAAGAUUGUUACAGUCAGCCUAUUUCGGGAAUGGUAAAAUUGAUGAAAGAACUAGUGUACUGUUUAAAGAUUUAGCUAAUGAACUGGAACUUGUAGACAUUGUUGAAGACGAAUUAGAAGAAUCAGAUAUUGAUGAUUCUAGUUUACCUAAAGAUGAAAUCCAAUCAGACAAAGUGUCUGACGCUUUUAAUGAUCAAUUAUUGAAAGUGAAACUUGAAAAUAAAAAAACCUUUACGGUCCAGUAUAAAUUUGAUGAGAUGGACGAAACAGUUAAGGUUAUAAAUAAUCCAGGUAUAGGGGUUAAAGUAACUAGAAGAGUUGUUAAACCAGUGAGUGAACAUAAUUUACCCAAUAGUGAUAUGGGAAAAGAGUCUUAUGCAACUGAAGAAGACUUUGAGCCAGUAAGUGCAAGCAAUAAUAAACUAGAUACCGGAAAAUUUAGUCAAAUUAAAAAUAGUGCUUCAUUAGAAGAGGAAAAAGACUCUUCCACUCAAAGUAUAGACACUGCAACUGAGAGUAUACAGGGUGUAAAUACUGAAUCUAGUAAUGACUUAGGUAAAAAUACUGUUGUAAAAGAAGGGUCUGGCAGAAGAGAAGAAACUGUUGUUGGCAUUAAUACUGAUACAGUCAAUAGCAAUAAAGAAUUCAAUGGAGAUAUAAAUGAUCUUGAAAGAAGUGUUAAUCCUGAAUUAGCAGUGGGGCUAAAACAAGUGUUGGAUAAAACGGAUGAGAAAGUAGAUCCACAUUCCAGAGAGUUUCAAGAAAAAAAGUACGGACUUAGAAAAGAUAAACCGGUGUUUGAAAAAACUGUGAAAAAUUUGAGACAAUCAGAACAUAAAACACACCACCCUCACGAUGAACAUUGAUGUGCCAACCUCCAGGGACAUUUCUGCUGAUACACGUUCUUUAUUCAAUUGUACAUGUACACACAUUUUAAGUAUUGUACAUUGUACAUUUUGUUUGUUUUACAAGGUACAUAGUGUAUAUUCUACAAUCCACAUUUUGUGUGUUUUAUGUUACACAUUUUGAGUAGUCUAUAUUACAUAUUUGUGUAUUGUAUGGUACACAUUUUGUCUUGUUUGAUACACAUUCUGUGGGUUCCGCAAUACACACUUUGUGUGUUACGAAGAUACAUAUGUGUGUUCUGCAAUACACUGUUUGUUACAGGAAUACGUUUUUCUCUCCUUAAGUUUUCAUGAACCGGCUACACUGGUUCUAAGUGCAUCUUUUGAGAAAAGAAAGUUUUGUAUGGAAAGCAUUGAUGCUGUUAUCCUGCACAAACUUAAUUUUGUCCUUAACUAAAAAAGCAUUAAAUAUAUUUGUAUUCACAUAUGGUUUGGUAUUCAUGUUCACUAGAAAAUGCACUUAUUUGUUUGUAGGAAGUCCCAUAACUAAUGAGUAUGAAUUUUGCAACAAUGGGCCGAUUGUUCUUUGUAUAAGUUAGGCAUGUUUGCUAACUUUAAAAGGUGAAGUAUUUUAUGUUGUGCUUAUAUUUUUGCAUAAAACAAGUACAACUGAAACAGUUGUCUCAAAUCUGAUUAGAAAUACUGCAGUUCACUUAUAAAAUAUACUGCAGUUCACUUAUUAGAAAUACUGCAGUUCACUUAUAAAAUAUACUGCAGUUCACUUAUUAGAAAUACUGGAGAUUUCAAAGAUAUACUGCAGAUCACUUAUUAGAAAUACUGCAGAUCACAAGUGUAUAUCCAUUUAACUCUUAGUGAAGUAUGGAUUGUCAAGGUAACAAGGAUUAUGUUAACAACGUUGUUAACUUUAACAAAGUUCUGAAAAAUCGUCCCAUUGUGACAGUACUUAGAUAAGUCUAAUCAUUGGAAACAUUUGGUCCCCUCAUUCAUAAUUAGCCAUGUGAGAAACAACACAUACAUUUGUUUAGCCUGAAAUACACAAUUGUUCAUGCCAUGUUCUUCCUUUGUAUCUUUCAUAAUUGUAUCCGUACAGCAUUUAUUCAGUACCAUGUAAAUACAAAAGUGGUUUUGGUGCACUUGGGAAUGCCCUAGUUGAUGUUGUUAGAUGUGAUAUAUGUUUAAUCAAGUUUGUUCCACAUUUCCUGACUUGCUUUUCAUUUAUUCCAUAUUAUUAUUUCUUUUGUCAGGGAAUUGCACACUGAUGUUAUUGAAACAUGAUUGGUGUGUUCUACAAUACACUUUGUGUGUUUUCUGUGUUAAACAGGGUGUGUUGUACAAAAUGUCUGUGUAUUCUAUGAUACAGUUUUUUGUAUUCUAUGAUACACAAUUUGGUGUAUUAAUUUAAGUGAAACAUAAUUUGUGUGUUCUAUGAUACACAUACAGUGUUUGGAACAAUACACAUUUUUGUGUUUUAUAAAACACAAAUUGUGUGUUCUACAAUACAUAUAUGUGUGUUUUGUAAAAUACACCUUUGUUUUUUUACUUUAAGUAAGGCAUUAUUGAGCUGCUAUCAAUACUUAUAAAUGAUCAUUUUUCUGUUUUCUGUUGGGUUUUUUGUUAGCUAACAUGACAGAGUUGGUUCAUUAAAAAAUGAUAUGGGUUGUGAUAUCAUACUAAUGAUCUACUUUAAUCCUGAAAUUCCAAUGAUAAACUGUACAUUUGUCAUAAUUCAUGUAAUUACAAAUUAAACAAACUUUCCUACAGUCGCUGUUGUUCCAUUUGUUUUAUUUGUAACUCAUGAACUGUACCUAUGCAUAGCACUUUUUUGUGAAAAAUUAGGAAUUUAAUCACUUUCUUUUUCCUAUAUAUUUUCAUGGAAGCACAGUCGUGUAUAUACGGUAGAUAGAAUUAUAUAAAUGUAUUGUUACCUUCUACAAGCAAAGACAUCAUCAAUGUAUAUUGAUUGCUGCAUCAAUAUCAUCCUCACCAUCACCAUCCAUAUAAUAAUCAUUGACAUCAGUAUAAUUGUCACCAUCAUCAUCAUCAUCAUCAUCAUCAUCAUCAUUAUUACCAUCAUAUAACACCAUCAUUAGUCACUAUUCGUCAUCAUCAUUAUUGCGGUAAUUGUCGUCAUCGUCAUCAUUGUCAUCGUCAUCAUCAUCAUUAUUACCAUCGUUGUUGUCAUCAUCGUCAUCAUCAUUAUUGCGGUAAUUGUUGUCAUCGUCAUCAUUGUCAUCGUCAUCAUUGUUGUUGUCUUCAUCAUCAUCGCCAUAAUUAUCAUCAUCAUUAUUGUCAUUAUAGUUGAUUUCGUCAUCAUCACAGUCAUAAUUGUCCCUAUGACGUCAUUCUUCUCAUCAUAGUCAUCAUUAUGAUCAUGUAUAUACGAAAUUUUGUGUUUUUGUUGUAAGUGCAAUAGAAAAGUUUAAUUUUGCAUUUUAGACAAUACAUUGUUAGUGUAUUGUGUUCUAAAGUUCAAUGUUUAAUACUUAUUUGUUGAUAAAUAAACCUUUGUUGUUUUGGAUUGAAAUUCUUGAUUUUGUGAAUGUGGAUUUUGUAAGAAUUUUAUACAUGUCAUAUCAUUUUGUUGAAUUUGUUAAUUAUCUAUUUUUGUUGUUAUUUUGAACUGUGUAGAAUUUCAAAUCUUGCUCUUCGAGUAAGACAAUCCAGCAUUCUUGUUAUUAAUCAGAACAUAAGACAUAGUUUAAAAUAAUAUCAUUAAAAAAUAAGCUUUUCCUCCCACAUAGUCAGUUAAUAUGCAAAAUUUCUAUUAAUGUUAAUACUCUGUAUAGGAAUAAUUAAACAAUUGUAAGCAAAUGUAAACUCUUAAGAUAUACACUAACUUAAUAAUAAUGAAGUUCAUGCUAUUAAAUAUGAUAUUAUAAGUUAAGGGGUAGGUAUGUGACCCGAUAUGGUUAUACAGGGCAAAAGAUAGGUGAGAGCCUAAAUAUGGUUUCCUGUGCCCCGUAUAUCCCAUAUCGGGUCACCUACUAACCCCGUAAUGUAUAUAUCACGUCGACAACCUGUUUCCAUGUUUAAAUGUUUCAUUUAUGCAGGUAAAUCUGAAAAUAGGCGCCAAUUUGGUACAAUAUAAAUUUGGUGACCCAAUAUUGAAAAAUAUGGGGUCAUGGUGUGACCAAUCGGUGAUCAAUGGCGUUGCAUCAUUUAUGUUGGAGGCGUGAUAAUAUAUACAUAUAUAUAUAAUACCAUUUAUUUUCUCCUUGAAAAGAGUUAUAGAAUAUUUCUUUUGAAAUGCAACUAUGAAUGCUCAAGAUUGUGGUGAAAUAUUUCUGCUUGAUAUGUACACUGUCAUGUAGCUACCAUAUAGAUGAACAUGUAUGUUAGGUUUACCAUUAUGUUAACACUACGAUGUAUACAUGUAUGGGUAUAAGUGUAUCUCGACGAAACAUAUACUUGUUCAAUUAGUUUCAAAAUAAAAUUAUUCAAUUCA